AUGACAGAUCCUUCAAUGUUGGAUCACCUAACACGACUGAAACUCAAACUCCUAGAAAAGAGACUAGAAAAUGAACAGGAGAACCUAGAGAAGAUGGAGUCACCUCCCCCAGCUGCAAGGAACAGAUGUGAGGAUAUGCUCCAAAGUGCUCUAAGGCGAAGGAAAGAUCUCCUGCAGGAGCUUAGGGAGCAGCACCUUCUGGAAGAGCUUUCACAGCCACCUGCACCAGCUGGAGAACACCAUCAUAACCACAGAACUGCCCCCCCACAUGUCUACCAGAUACCUUUUCCAGCUCCCCAAGUGGAGCCACCAAGGAUUAUCCAGCAGACAAUGCCACCUCAGCCUGCCACCAUCAUCCAGCAGUUACCUCAGCUUCCCCCCCUGAUCACGCAGAUCCCCCCUGCCCAGCCUUUUGCAGCCCCCUGCUCUGGAAGCAUUAAAGAAGAUAUGGUAGAGAUGAUGCUGAUGCAGAACGCUCAGAUGCACCAGAUCAUCAUGCAGAACAUGAUGCUGAAGGCUCUGCCACCAAUGGCGUUUGCACAGUCUGCUGGAGCCAGCUCUCCCCUGCUUCAGCAUGCACAGCAGGACCUGCAGUUUGCUGCUCCCCUGGCUGUGAAAGCAGACAGGCCCAGGCCAUCUGCGGUGCAUCACCACCACCACUACCCUCCCACAGGGGUGCUCCCAGUGCCCCAUGGGGGCUUCCCGUCCACAUCCAUGGCACACCACUGGACUGGCAGCACACUCCCUGCCCUGCCUACGUUUGUAAUCAGUACCAGUAAAGAUCUCUUGGCUCCUUCCAGAAUCAGUGCAAUUAGCUGUUUGCAGAAAUCAUCAAAGGAAGAUCUUGUCAUGGCUUUUAAGAUGUCUUCUUCCUCUUCUUCAGCUACCUUCCACCAUGGCUUAUGA